GAGCGCCAGAGAACGGGCUCGACGUCGCGAUCUGGACGGUCAUUUCCAGCAUUGUUGAUUCCGGGGCAACCCAAGCGUGGCGUCUUCCGGCCAGCAUUGAAACGGCUUCUCCCGGGACAUGCACUGCGCACCAAGAAGGCGUCCGCUGUUCGAGGAAUAAUUGAAAAGUCACUGGAUUCUUCAGACUCGUCAAAUAGCCAUCAAGGGACGCCGCAAUCAUCAAGACUUGGGAAACUGCAACUUGGAAAAUAUGCUCACGAAGAGGAGAUGCCGGUAUGGCUAAUUAAACUGCUGGAAAAGAAAGGAGCCGUCCGGGCAAGCGGCGUGAUACCAGCUCUAAAACACUUGCUUGAGUUGAGCGCACCCACUGAAUAUGCCUAUCUAUGCCAUCCAGAUGCCUUACACGUAGCAAAGGUCAGGAGAGAAGGUGGUUUUUGCGGCUAUCGCAACAUACAAGUUCUUGCUGCGCACAUCAUCGGAACCCAGACUGAGGGGUGGAAGCAGUUUGGGGACGAUAUCCCAAGCAUCUUUGACAUACAAGAUUUCAUUGAGACAGCAUGGGAUCGCGGGUACAACGUCAGAGGACGCAUUGAGACUGGGGGGAUCAGGGGGACGCGCAAAUUCAUCGGGACACCUGAGGCUCAAGCUCUUUUUUCCAGCAUGGGAUUCCCUUGUUCUGUGCAAGCCUUUAGAACCUCCAACGAGCAAGACGUCAAUGCUGCAGGCCGCCUACUACAAGCAAUUGAAUAUUAUUUCCAACAGGGCGCGGCAGACUGUCUAACCCACAAGGUCCGAUCUACUCAGCUCCCACCUAUAUAUCUACAGCGACCCAGCCACUCUGUUACGAUUGUUGGCUUGGAGAAGCUGAAGGAUGGACAUGUCCAACUCUUGGUGUUCGACCCCGAAUUCCAGAGUUCUGAGGCUGUCACGAGCCUUGCAACCAAAACUACUCGCCGUAGACAGGCCAAGAUUAACAGGCUUCUAGAGCCAUACCGCCGCAGCGACACCCACCUAGAGCGAUUCAAGGAGUUUGAGGUUCUAUAUUUAACACAAAAACCAAGCAUAAUAGACUUAUAAUGUAGAAAUAUUAAUCAAUGCGUACAAAGGACGAAUUAAAGCGCUACUGCAGUUGAAAACAAACUAUAAUUUUCAUUAAUUGCAUACUUAUUAC